GCCACGUGUAAAAAGCGGUGACAACUGUACCGCUCUUUUUUUUUUAUCCUCUCUCCCUUUCGGCGAUAUUUUUCUCUCCGCCUCUUUUCCACGGUUCAAAAAGAUCAGAGCCAAUGGUUCGUGGGUACAGAGGAAGCCAUAGCCGCGCCAGCUCCGACUCGUCCGAAUCCACUCGGGGCGAUUCCGGAGAGGAUUCUUCUGGUGAAGAAGAGAUGGCGUCAUCCGUGUACUCUGCUGGGAAAGUGAAGGGAUCAACGGAAUGGACAGACGAGAAGCACAGUUUGUAUCUCAAAUCCAUGGAAGCCACGUUUGUAGAUCAGUUGUAUAAUUCCCUUGGAAAUCUCGGUUCGCAUUGUAACAAGAAGAAUGCGACCGAUGAAGGGCCAUCGAGACAGUUUUGCAGCAUAAAAAAUUCUUAUCAAGAGCAGUUCAAGGUUCAUCGUGCUGGUUUCUGGCAGAGGAUGGAUGUUAAACAGUCCGAGUAUUGCUUUAACAGAAGUGAUGCUUGUCAUGAGUUUCUUGCAAGUCCAUGGAUAAAGCAUUUCAGACCUUUAUCAGAGGGUCAAAGCCCAGAAUGCCAGAAGCCUGAAGGUAGUUGGGAUCCCGAAAACCGAAUGAUCUGCCCAAAUUGGGAGAAGGGAAUGGUCAUCUGCAGUUCAGGAUCAGCCUCUACUUUGAAGAAGAACCAUUCGGGUCACUUUUGCCUCGGCGGCCAGGAUCAAAUCAACAAUAGAGAAGCAGAGGUGUCAGACCAGAACUUUGUCGACGAAGAAACGAAAGAAGAAAAAGCAAGCUCGAAGAAGAUGAAGAUCAGGAUGAGCGAAUCAUCGAGUAACAAUGAUCAGGUCGUUCCAUAUGGAAAAGCUCCGGCAACAUGAUAAACACGUGAAAAAGUCAUGUUUCUGAGCUGAGAAGCAAGAACAUUUUUUGUGUGUAAAUAGAUUUACGCAACUGAAAUCGAAGUAAUCCUCUUAUCUCCCUAACUAUAAUGCCCCUCGUGUCGAACUUCUUUGUCCAUCUAUGAACCCUAUUUUCGGUAAAGAAGAAGAAGCUUUGAUGGUGGAAAGAGGCUGAAGGAAGAAGAAUUUCUCAAGGAUGCAGUUUUAUUUGUAAUGCAGAGUUUCUGUCUGGUUAAAUAAUUGUAUUUGUAGCUAUAAGAGCUUGUGGACUCUUUGUGCUACAAGUGAAAGGCGUGUACUUUAGUUAUCUUUUUUUGGUGUUGCUGA